AUGUUUCAGAUAUAUGGCUCUGGUUACUCAAGUGCCUUACGCACUGUAGCUGAGCAGGUUAUGCUCCUUGAGAACAUUGGGACAUCUGUCCUUGUUUCUAAAAAUCAGCUUCCUGAUCUUUACCACCUAAUGGUCGAAGCUGCAGAAAUAUUAAAUGUUGAUGCCCCUGAUCUAUAUGUUCGUCAAAGUCCUGUGCCAAAUGCAUAUACAUUAGCUAUAAGCGGUAAACGACCUUUCGUUGUCAUUCAUACUAGCCUUGUGGAGCUCCUUACAAAAGCAGAGUUGCAGGCUGUUUUGGCUCAUGAGCUGGGUCACCUAAAAUGUGAUCAUGGUGUGUGGCUCACUUAUGCAAAUAUUCUAACCCUUGGAGCCUACACUGUUCCUGGCAUAGGCAGUAUGAUAGCUCGAACUUUGGAAGAGCAGCUAUUCCGCUGGCUUCGAGCAGCUGAGUUGACUUGUGAUCGAGCAGCCCUUCUUGUUGCUCAAGACCCUAAGGUCGUCAUCUCUGUCCUCAUGAAAUUAGCUGGAGGAUGUCCAUCUAUGGCUGAUCAACUAAAUGUGGAUGCAUUCCUGGAGCAAGCUCGCUCUUAUGAAAAAGCGGCUUCCAGCCCAAUUGGGUGGUAUAUGAGGAAUGCACAAACAAGGCAACUGUCACAUCCUCUACCUGUUCUACGUGCUAGUGAAAUUGAUGAAUGGUCAAGAACUCCAGCUUAUAAUUCCCUUUUGAAACGUGGAAUUCAGAUCAAAGCAGUAGAACAAAAUGUCUAG